AGUGAUAAUCGAAAAGCAUCACUGAAUGCACCAUUGUGUGGUAUAAUCUAUGUUUAUUGAGAUUAGUUUGAUUUUUAUAAGUUAUAACGGUGAUCUGGCGAUUUUUUUCAUCCGGCUCUUGAUGUACGUUGGAUUGACCGCAGGGGGGCCUUCAGGGGGACCAGAAGCCGGUCAGCAAGAACUUUAGUCUGACGGUAACAUCGAGAGGAGAAACAUCGCGAUGAUCGAGACAUUUUUUUGGACUUUCACAAUAUUUCUGACACCGAUUGCCUCACCAUCACCAUCAUGGGCCGCACUUCUGCCGGGUGAAAAGAACUGUCCAGAAGCGGCACUCAUAUACCCGGACGACCUUAUCAUCAACAAAAUUGUUGAGAUCGACGACCUUGGGCUGACAAGGGCCGAAAAUUCAACCGGUGAAAUUUCAAUCGAUGGAAGUGUGAUGCCCUCAGAGGUGACCUACGAGACUGCCAGGUCUAACGGCACAUGCCCUUGUCCCUCAAGGUCAUGCAUCGCCAUGUGUUGCCCUGAAGGGCAGGUGUUGAGGGCGAACGACUGUGUGAUGGUGGACAAGGUCGAAAAGGUCAGUUUCCCGCGGAUAUUUAAUUCUUUGACCUUGAAUCCUUCGGAAUUGGAUUUGAACAGUGAGGGGAAGGACCUCAAUGGAUCAUUUCAUAUUUUCGUUUGGGACCCUUGUCAUAAUGCAUCAAAAUGGCGGCUAAAUCCCAAGGUGAAAGCUGAUGAGUUUAAAUUGCUGGAUAAUGGAUCGAUUUACACUGUUCAUGAUCAAAAUAUCAUCGGAUUUGAAAACUACUGUUUGGCUUUUGUUGACGGUGACAUCUUCAGUGUGGUGCAGUGCUUUGAUAUGGAUUAUGAGGCACCGGAGGAGAGUAAUAGUUCGGGGCUGAAGAUGGCAGCUUUCAUGCCCAUUGGUCUUGUUCUAUCUGUGCCUUGUUUGAUUGCCACAUUUGUUGUGUAUUCGGUACUCCCGGAGCUGGAUAAUAUGCAUGGCAUGAUAUUAAGGGCUUACGUAGGACAGUUGGGGCUGGCGUACACGCUCUUGGCGACGCUGAAGAUCGUACCAGUGGUUUCGCACAAUCAGGAUACCUGUGUUACUUUCGCCUUCAUUAUUCACUUCUCGUUCCUCUCGUCCUUCUUCUGGCUGAAUGUCAUGUGCUUCGAUAUAUGGUGGACCUUCGGGGGCUUUCGUGCACUUCAGGGGAGUGUGAAGCAACGGGAGAGAAAAAAAUUCAUCAUCUACUCGUUGUAUGCCUGGGGAUCUGCAUCACUCAUCACUGGGGUGUGUCUUAUCAUGGAUUUUGUUCCAAGUAUUCCUGAUAGCUUCAUUAAGCCGAGAUUUGGGGAGACAAGAUGUUGGUUUCCAGAUGAAAUUUCAAAGGCGGUGUAUUUUUACGGCCCCAUGGGCGUCACCGUCGUCUGCAAUAUCGUGCUGUUCAUCUCGACGGCGUUGAAAAUUCUGCAGCAUAAAAGGGACACGGAAACGCAGCUCAAGGGGAUUGACAGUCGUCGGCACGAUGAUAACAAGCAAUGGUUCAAUCUCUACCUAAAGCUCUUUAUCGUAAUGGGAAUAAAUUGGUCGAUGGAGAUUAUCUCCUGGCUGUUGAACAAGGACACCCCGCAGUACGUGUGGUACCUCACUGAUCUCGCCAACACUCUUCAGGGUGUCAUAAUCUUCAUAAUCUUUGUUUGGAAAGACAAGAUAAGGCGUCUGCUAAUGAAACGUUUUGGCUGUCAAAGGGGAAAAUUUCAAUCUGGAAAUUCAACUCGGAGUGGAUACCACUCCUCCGUCUCCAACAAAACCUGCACAUCGAUCGCACUUCAGGAUAAAACUCCCGUCGAGAGAAAUAGAGUCAACACAACAACCGACGAGAGCGACUGCGUCUGAACGAUUUCGAUCGAUUGAAUCGGAAUUUUAACCAUUUUCAACUGAUCGACAUGAAAAUUAUCUUCGAUUUAUCGAGAACCGAAGAAGAUAAGCCAACGAGUUUAGGUUCAUUGACAAACCGGGAAAACUACGAUGAAUUUAUCUCGUUUUGAUUUCAUUUGUUUGCAACAGUAACGAGAAAUCGAUGAAGGAAUGCGAGACCAGUAAAAAAGUUAUGGCGAGAUAUUCAGAGAACUUUUGGGACAAAACGAAUUUGUAAUCAGUGAAUUAUAUCGGAAUUUUUUGGGGCUUUUCAAUGCAAAAAAAAUAAGUUGAUGUCUUCUUUGCUUCCAGAGAUGUCGUAGAUUUUAUUGGAAGAAUUCAUAAUUUGAUUUUACACUGAGAGAAAAACAUAAUUUUGCCAAUGAUAUUUAAUUGGAAGAAUUAUAUAAUUAUACAUUAUAUAAUUAUAUAAUUUAUAAUUAUAAAUUAUAUAUAAUUACAUAAUUAUAUAUUAUAAAUUAUAUAUUAGGAAAACAUAAUUUUGCCAAUGAUAUUUAAUUGGGAAAAUUAUAUUUUUUUUGUCAGUGUCGAUUCUGACAUCUUUGUAUUGAUCGUAUUAUUAUUUUUGCAGAAAGAAACCCGUAAAUCCGUAAAUAUUUCUUAUGAGCGUUCUGUAAUGUAAGAUGUAUAUUUUGUGUGUGCAGUAUUUGGCUAAGUUUAUGUAGAAAGUAUUUAUGUCGAGGGCUCAUUCAUUUGAAAAUUUGGUGACAGCGCAAUUGCCGAUUUCAUACGAUUUCACCGAAGUUGUUCAGUAAUUUCGCGAUUUCAAUUGAUUUCAAAUGCAUAAUUUGACCUAUUCCUUGAAAGGGAAGGAAUUAAUUAAGAGAUCUCUUGUAAUUAUUAUUUUAUGACAUACCACAAAUGAGUUGAAAAUAGUCUAUUGUGCUUCGAGGGAAAAGGUAUUUUCUGACGCAUGUGAGUGAUAAUCACAUAAGUCAGAAAAUACUUUAGUCCCGUGUGACACACGAUAUUUUAAUCUUUCAGGGACUGAAAUGUCAGAUUCGAAUGUCUCUUCACUCGAUUCGGUCGCUCUAUUCAGGCUUUAGAGGAAUAAAAUAACUUCCUUUUUGGUAUAAUAUUCAAAUAGACUUCAUUAGUUUCUGAUUAUACGAUUUUACGGGAUUUAUGUCAUCGAUUGCAAAUGAUAACAAUCUAAAUUCACUGAAAUUAAUGAAUCGCCGUGAUUUCACUCGAUUUCUAGUGAUUUCAGUCAUGAGUGACGUAGUGGUUUUACAAAUAAAUGACCCCUCGAUUCCUGUCCAGGGGAAAGAGAGAGAGAACAAAAGUUAUUUUUAAAAUACUGCAAUUUUUCUACUGAAAAGAGAAUGAUUUGCCUUUAUUUUCAUACUUGAUAGUUCAAGAGCUUCAUAGCUAGAGUGAUAAUCUAGACGUCGAGUGGUGAAACGUGAUCAGUUGGAAUAAUGUUCAACUAAUGGGUCAUGAUGUACCGAGUUACAUGAAUUUAUUCCAGAGAUACCUCAGGUUUUUACACGAGAUACGAAAAAUAAAAUGGGGUGUCAUAUAUUUUUACGAUCAAGUGUGUCAUUUACAAAUAAAAAUUGGCUUAAAUUCAGUUGUAUUUACGGCCCGGUUGUAGAGGGUCGUGCGAUCGCAAAUCGCCAUCAUAAAUAAAUUGUUGAAAUAAUAGUUUUGUUAUAAUUAAACAUAAUUACAAACAUCCGGAAACAAUGAACAGAGCACGGUAAUUGGGUUUGGUAACGAUCAGAUAAUUAUUUUGGCUGUAAUCUGCAAAGGCAGUUUGCGCUUAUGUAUCGGCUUCCAAAUAAUUCCAACCGGGUCGUAGAAAAACGUUCGAAAUUUACUUAUUCUAAAACCCAGAUAUAAUUAUUUUCGACCUUUAUCUGUAUUGUUCUUUAGUUGAUUUUUAUAUACAAAGCCACGUAAUUUUUAUAGCGUAUUAGCUAAUUUGUGAAUCGAACUUGAAAAAUUUUCCGCGAGAGGUCGAUAGCAUCGACGGGAACAAAUCGAUACGUCACUCGCUGGGAGAAUGAGCAAAUUCCGUAUUUCAAAAAAGGAGAUUAAAUUACUUGUUACUAAAUUAAAUUAGUCGUCUUUGAUGGAGGUUAAAUUACCAAAUUACUUGUAACCUAACCUCUCUCGAUCGAAGUACGGAAUGUUCCUCAUUCUUCUACCGAGUGGCGCAUCGAUUUGUUCCAGAAAACGCGAUGGACCUCUCGUGGAGAAUUUUUUAAGUUCGAUUGAGAAAUGGGCUAAUUAUGCACCUAAUUAAUUAAUUAAUUGAUUAGUUGGGUAAUUAAGGACAGGGAAGAAUGUUAUUUUUUAAUAUGCCUACAAAGGAAAGUUUGUAUUUUGCGCCUUGCAGUUGAAAACUAUAUUUUUCUAACCGGGAGAGGUAAAAUAAAACAUCAUUUUACCUGCCUAGGUUUAAAAAAAUCUGUUUCUUGCAUCAAGCAGAAUUCUUCCUUGCCGACGGUCAAAAUUAUCAGCCGAGACGAGGGCGAGGUUCAUAAGCACGUGGAUAAGGAUCCUUUAUUUUACAUCCGGUGGUUAAACCGUGAUUACGAAAUGGAAAUGUGAUCUUACGCCUAGAGGGGGGCGGAAAAUACUAUUUUUCAUCACACCGGCCUAAUUUGUUAUCAUAAAAAAAUAACCAAUGAUGAAUAAUAACGAUUUACACCUAUUGAAUUCAUUUGUGAUCAUUACAUUCAAUGAUUUAACUAUUCGUCGGGUUAUUCUCACGAUAUAAAAAAACCAACAUAAAUUCAAUUUUUUACUCAGAAUUUUGAAAAACAUUUUAAGCAAAAGUUAAUAUGAAUAGGAAAAUCUUGGUUGAUCUUGCGUGUGUAUUCAAUCCUCCGUCUAAUAUUAUUCAUAAUAAUCAUUUAUAAAAUGUUUCAAUAAAUAAUAAAGGAAAAACUCAAUUUUGCGAAAUUUGAAAGGAAAAUUACAAUGUAGACAACAUCUUGAAAAAUCAGAAAAAGUAGUAAAAUAUUGUAUUAUAUUGUAAUGUCUCAAUUUUAAAAACAACUCAAGGAACAAUUUGAUAGAUUAAGUUCUCAGUUAUGAUGGUUAGCAUUUGUGAAAAUAAUUGUGCAUUACGAAUAUAAUAUUUUAUGAAUAUGUGUCUGACAAAUUUCUUUCUCACACGUUCCGGAAUAAAAUUUUGUUUAAUAGAGUUAUUGUUUUGUGAGAAGAGUAUUUCUUUAGUGGGAAGAGAUUUCUAGCACGAGCCGAAUGCAAAUAAUAAAAUCUCAUGAAUCGAAGAAUAGUUUUAUGCUCCUUAUGAAAUAUGCGAUUCUCCUCUAUUUAAAUUAACUUUCCUCAUUAUACUCAACGACUUAAUUGGCGAUUAAUUGUUCGAAUUUAAGGAGCAACCGAAGACUCAGUUUUGUCUAUAUUUUAAAAUAAAUUUCCUGGUCAGAGUUGUUAAUAUUUUUUUAGUGCGAAUCGUUUCCAUUAUCAACAUCGCCUCAUCCUCGUGAUUAAGGUGCUCCGAUUUACAGCAAAUUGAUCACUUCUGACAGGAAAUUUCUUUAAAAAUUGGAAAUAUUAUCAAAAGUUUUGAUUUCCGCAAAUCUAAAAAAUGUAUCUACCUGACGAAAACUCGGAUUAUGUUUACGUAGUCCUUUUUGAUUGAAUUCUAAGCGAGAAAAUUAAUUGAUUUUGCAAUAAAAUUAACCCAUUCAAUCUCAUUUUUUUCAUUCACCGAAUCGAAUUGUCACUGUUUUGUCACAUUUCACCACUCGACCAUCAGAUAAAUUUUUUACCUCACAAUCAUGUAUAAUUGAAUGUUUAUCAACUGGAGUCAGAUGAAUGCAUUCGACCAAUGAAUCUUCUAGUCAUAUGUGAACAUUUAACAAGCGACAGAAUCAUUUUAAUGCUUUGAAAAAACGCAAUUCACCCAACAUUGGUGAUUAAUCAACAUUUUCUCGAUAAUCACCUAAUUGGAAAAGUACAAAAUUCCAGGAAAAAUUUUACCAUUUCUUUUCAAUUAUUGUUAAAUAUCUUAGAUUUAUGUGCACUGUAUUGAUAAGAAAUCAGAUAAUCAGAAAUAAAGCAGUUAUCAACUGAUUGCCUCAAUCAA